AUGAAGGGUGCCGCUGUGGCGCUGUGGCUCGUGGCAACGUCAAUCAAUAUGAGAGUUGAGAAGCAAGCUUUGUAUUGGUUUACACUGCUUACACGAAUACGCAAUACGCAAAGUUGUAGUGCGUUAAUUAUAGCAGUGUCCUAUUGGAAUUACAACAAACUGUUAGCAAAUAGUGUGGAAUCAUUGAGGGCAAGUUCCGGCUUGAUUCUGGGCAGAGGAACAGCUGGCGAGAUGUCACCGGCCGGUGGGGCGCGCACCUCCGGCGUGGCCGCGCUCAUGGCGGGCGCGCCGCGAGGCCGCGUGCCCGGGGCGUGCGGAGCGAUCGUGGCGGCCACUCAGCACCGCAUUACACCACCACCACCACCAGCGGCGGCACCAGCGGCGCUAGCCCGCCACACGCCACACGCCACCGACACCGUCUGCCGACCGACCGACCGACCGACCGACCGAACCAACCAACGAACCACCGACGUCCGCCGCUCCGAAUAUUGA